CAGUAAUGGAGCUAGAACCAAACAACUCAAUCUUGUUCAGAGAGAAAAUUCAGAGACUUUCUGUCGUUGAACUCUAUCAGAUCCUUGAAGAAUCCAAAUCUGCAAUAGAAAUACAGGAGAGUAAGCAAGACCAGCACUUGGCGAGGCUUGAGUGGCUACGUCUGAGACUCAUGAUUUAUAAUGACAAGUCUUGCGAAGAGAACUUGCAGGAGUUUGAAGACUUAUAUCAGAAUUUAGUUAGUUCAGAACCAGAGAAUGAGGAAGAAGCUAUCCCACUCAAAUACAAGGCUGAGUUCUUGAAUUUGUUCCUCAAUAUCUUCAUGUCCAAAGGAGGAUAUACAAGAUGCCAGCUCAUCAUGAAGAUAUUCAAAGAUCUUUUCGAUGCUAACCCCACUGAUGACUUUGUUGCUUUCAAGUACUACUCAGCUUACCUGAGUGUGGGGACAAAAUACAUGACUUUGUCAGCAAAGACUCCUGAUGAAUACAUUGGAAUUAUAUCGGAAGAUAUUUCUGCUCGAGAUUUCCCAGAACAAGUUGCCACUGACUUGGAUUUUAGUCAGAAGUUUAUGAUUGCAGACUUCUACAUCUCAAGAAACACCACCAAGUGGAUAUCUGUAUGAGAUGAACUACUCGACAUUUGAAAAUCAACAAAACUCUUAGUCUACAUGAGAGACCUCGUUCUUCAUAAUGUAGAUAAUUUUGGGAAGACUGAUAAAGGACUCAAAGAUAGAGCAGAGCUAAUGAUUUCUUUGGUAGAACAAGAGCUUAAGACUCAUCCAGAGUCAGAGCUAGCUGAAUCUCAAAUCGCGUUGAACUUGGUUAAAAUGAUGCAAAUGCUGGAUAAAAAAGAAACAGAAAGACUCAUUGAAAGCGCCAAAGCUUUAGAGAGCUUACUGAGCCAUCACAAACUUGAAAAAUGGUCUACACUGUACUACCAGAUAGCAUGCUGCAUGUAUUCAUUUAUUCUCGACCCUGAUUCUGUAGAUCAAGGAAAAAUUUUCAGUUUCAGCAGAGAUGUCGAGAAGCUAGUCGAUGAAUCUACUUAUGAAACUAACUAUUAUUCUUUGGAAUCUUUUGGAGUUUUCGCUUUUUUUGAAGAGGCUAUGGGAGUCCAAGUUAACUACAAAGUCUCAAAGAAGUAUGCAGACACCAUCAAUAAAGACAAGCUGACCUUCAUUUCAUUCAUGGGGUCUUUUUCAAUAAUCAAAGACGUCUGCUUGAAGCCAUACGUGGAGACUGCUCUUGAGUAUUGUGAAGAACUUGGCAUUGACAAGCUUCACCUUUUCAAAGUAAACCUUGACUUUGUGAAUAACUAUCUCGCGUUGCUACUCCCUGGAGUAUCUAAACCAGAGGAAGUCCUGUCUAACUUUGAUUCCUUAGCUGAAUUGUAUGAAGAGAACAGGAAUACCAUGAUUGAUGAGAAGCUCGAGAUGAUCUAUUCCAUGCAGUUAUCUCUCGCAGAAGGACUGAAUUAUACAGACAAGUAUGUAACAAUUGCUCAGAAGUUUCUUGCUACUAAAUAAAAUUGUUACUGAAUCCUUUGACAGUAUCUAUGUGAAUACCAUUAACAUUCUCUUGAACCGCAAAGAUUUUCAGCUUGCCAAUAAAGUCUGUAACGACUUUUUGAAUUAUGCUAAGAAAGAAGGAGAAAACACCAAAUCUUACCACAAAGCUCUUUCUAAAUAAACUUGCUUGUUCAAUGGUGUUAAAUAAUGGUCAGGAAUAUUUAGAGUUCUCUCAGAACUACGAGCAGAUCACCAAGACAGUCUAUGGAGCCAACUCGAUAGAGCAUGCACAUGCUAUCAAAUGAUUGGCUCAGGGUAAAGUGAAGAUGAGACAAUAUCAAGAAGCUUAUCAAAGCUACCUUAACUGUUAUGACAUCUACAAAGCCAAGUUCGGGUCCGAAGUCAACUCUGAAAGUUCAACAGUUCUGACCAAUAUUGCCAUGAUAAAGAGCUAUUGGAGAGAAUUUGAGGAUGCAGAAAAUCUAAUCAAGAAAGCAAAAGAGAUCGAAGAGAAAUAUGCUAUCAUCAAGAAUGGGGAAGCCAGAAUCAAUCAAGAGAAACAAAAGGCCGCACAAGAAGGAAAGCUCAAAAUUGGCAACAUAUAUUUGUCAAAAACUAAAGUAGCUGUGACACUAAUUGGCAUUGGAUUGGCUACAUUUGGAUCAAUUUAUUACAUCAAGAGCAAGAAAUCAAAAUAGGCACUAAUUGGCC